ACACUGAACAAGAGUUUCUCAAAAGGAAAGUAUUAGAGGUGGUCUACUUGAGCACCGUCAUUACCUGUUCCAAAGAUCACAACUUGAAACCAUUUCUAAUACUAAAAAGAAGACCCACUUUUCCAAUUGUGCGUAAAUUAUUGUUUUGGCCUUGAAUUUCCCUUCAAAGCACCGAGAAUGAAUGCAGCAGGCUCAAGCCAGCGGCAUCGCCAAAAACAGAGAGCAUACAGAGCCUUGUGCUGUCGAUGCACUUGCAAUUGCAGGCUGGGAUUUUCUUCUUCAGAAGAAACUGAAAGCUUCGGCUCUGAGCGAUUCCCAUCAGACUCCAGCGAUUCCCACGCCAUGGACAAAAUGAUCAGGGAAAAACAGAGAAUUGAAGAGACCAAAUUUGUUGUGAUGGUGGCUAUGGAGAAAUGCUCUGAUGAUCCAAAAGAGGACUUUAGAGUUUCGAUGAUGGAGAUGAUUUUGGGUAAUGGAAUUGAGAAGCCAAAGGAUCUACGUAGUCUUUUGAACUGUUAUAUCUCCAUGAACUCCGAUGAAUGUCAUCAUGGUGUCAUUUCAGAGGUAUUCCAUGAAGUAUGCUGUAAUUUGUUUCUGGGCUACGAGACAAAAAUUUAGCAUUGUUUCUAAACGAAUUUUGGAAAAGUAAUUUGGAUUCUGGAAAGCUCUGGACUUUUAAUGGGUGGAUUAAAAUCCUCCUCGAUUAUAGUUCUCUCGUUAGAACAGAGAAAUUAAAAAAUAAAUCGAUGCGGUUGUGAUUGUGACUUGAUCAAAACAAUCCAAAACCAAUUGAAUGGCUUGUACGA